UUUUUUUUUUUUUUUUUAAUUUUACUCCUUCCGUCCGCGACCCUCUAAAGGAAUCGAUUGCUCAUUUCUCCCUUCUCGUCUGCGCAAUCCCCUAAAUAGCAGGAGAGGGAAGAUCUGGAGCUGCAUCAAAAUCAGCGAUCAGCGGAGGAGAGGGAGGUGGUGUACCAAUGGGUCAAGCCUUUCGGAAGCUCUUUGAUUCUUUCUUCGGCAACACCGAGAUGCGGGUGUUUAGCUAUAUCUCCGACUCCCAGGGAGCCAAAAGGUUGUAUGUUAUUAAUUUUGUACUGGUAUUCGUCACAGGACCAUCACCUUGCCAAAUGCUAGUGGAUAAUAGUUCUUUUAAUGUUCUUUCACCAAGAAGUGGCACUGUUAUGUUGGACAUAGAUGCUUGCGUGCUUGAUGCAAGCAAGCUUCUCAAGUUAUAUAUGUAGAAUGAUAUUGGCAAUCCUCUGCAUGAAGGAUUCUUCUUCAAAUCUCAUUGUACUCUAAUUAUGCCAUAUUUAAUGGAUGAUGGGUUGACAUCAAAUGCCUGGGACAGCAUCAAGUUUAAGUCCCUAUAUGUCAAGAAGAGUUCGAGAUUACUUUUGUGUGCUGUUGCUGAUUCUUUUUUCCAGCAUUCUGUCCUUGAUAUGUUCAGUAUGUGAUGUGGUUCAUUAUUUGUAAUUGUCUGUAUAUGAGUGAAUACUGGUGCAAAUAACUCUUUGAAUGCGACCAGGUAAUCAAGUCAUAGUAACUUGGUAGUUGGUACAGACGCUAAGUUACAGGUGCAAGUGCAUAGUUGAGAACUUAAUGACCUUUUUUGUGUGCUUGUUUCGGGAAGGGUGGUGUGGGUGCAUUUGUAACAAAACAGGGGCAUAAUUGAAUGAAAAAAAUUACACCAGUUCAACAAAUUAUGUGCAUUUUUGUCUUCAAACACGGUGCAAUGUUCAUUGAAGUUUGAUACAUGUGAGAAAAUAUUUUUUUUCUGUGUUCUCAUAUAUAUGUGAUUCUUUGUUUGCUUUUUCAGGAACUCGGAUAUGACUUUGGUUAUUCCAGUUCUUGAUUGAUUCUUAUUCUUAUUGCUGGCCUAGGUUGUGAUGCUGGGACUGGAUGCAGCUGGUAAAACAACUAUACUUUACAAGCUACACAUUGGAGAAGUUCUAUCUACGGUCCCGACAAUAGGUUUCAACGUGGAGAAAGUACAAUAUAAGAAUGUGGUGUUCACUGUUUGGGAUGUUGGAGGCCAAGAAAAAUUACGACCACUUUGGAGGCAUUAUUUCAAUAAUACUGAUGGCUUGAUAUAUGUGGUUGAUUCCUUGGACAGAGAGAGGAUUGUCAAAGCAAAGGCAGAGUUUCAGGCCAUAAUCAAAGAUCCGUUUAUGCUUAACAGUGUCAUCUUGGUGUUUGCCAACAAACAGGAUAUGAAAGGUGCAAUGACUCCAGCGGAAGUAGGCCAAGGGUUGGGCCUAUUCGAACUCAAAAACAGAAAAUGGCACAUACAAGGGACGUGUGCGCUAAAGGGAGAUGGGUUAUACGAGGGCCUGGACUGGUUAUCUAGUACUCUGAAAGAGAUGAGAGCUGCUGGAUACUCUUCAGUUGGACCAUCAGCAUUCUGAAAUUACAGAUCGCGUGGAUACAGGUUCUUAGUGAAGCAACUGGAGAUUGAUUCCAUGGAAGUGGCCAAUUUGUAGAUUUUUGCGGGGUUUUGUCUCCCUUGUACUUCCGUAGUUGCCUGAUGCAACUUUCACUUCGAUCAGUGUAUAUAUUGGAAAGAUGUAUAACUCGCAUCCUAACUCAGGGUUUCUUCAAAUCUGGUUUGGAAUUGAUUACGGCCUUGUAUAUGGUCAUCACAUCAACGAACUCUGCCUAUGACUAUGGUUAAUUAGUCUUCGUGUAAAUUACAAGGUUGGUCACUGGGAUUACUAAAACAGUUUGGUC